AUGAGGUUUCUGUUGGAGGAACUGGCGAGACAGCCGCCGCCUCCCCUUCAGUGGAUCGGCAGCGAAGCGUGGAUCAUAGAACCAGAGUUUCUGCGCUUUAACAUGUGCGCUGGGGCGAUAGGAUUUGGGGUCCCCCGCUCAGUGAUUCCAGGUCUUCGUGAGUUUCUUCUGGAUCUCUCUCCAGAACAAGCACUGAAAUCGCCUCUGCUAACGAAGUUUUGGGAGAGCUCGUUCAGCUGUAGCCUGAAAGGCUCCUCAGACGGGGCGCGGGAAUGUGAUGGCAGCGAGGAUAUCCGCGCGCUGCAGAACCCAUAUACAGACACGUCGCAGCUGCGAAUCACUAUCAUGUCGUAUAAAGCUACGUAUGCCAUAGCGCAUGCCAUCCACGGUGUUAUCUGUAAUGACACGCAGUGUGACAAGAGCGCUAAAUUCGCACCAUGGCAGAUACUCGACCAGCUCAAGAGAGUGAACUUGACUACAAAGAAUGGUUUUCAGGUCUCAUUUGAUUCCAAUGGUGAUCCUGUGGCCGUCUACGAUCUCAUAAACUGGCAAUUUAAGGAAGAUGGUGGGCUGGAUUUUGUGACUGUGGGCCACUAUGACUCAUCCAGACCAAGAGGACAGGAGUUCAGUAUGAGCAGAGCUAUCAGCUGGGUGGGAGGACAGAAAGAGGUCCCAAGAUCUGUGUGCAGUGAGAGCUGUCCUCCAGGCACCAGGAAGACUGUGCAGAAAGGAAAGCCAGUCUGCUGCUAUGACUGUAUACCAUGUGCAGAAGGAGAGAUCAGUAAUAAGACAGACUCUCUGAACUGUGUGCGCUGCCCUCCUGAGUUCUGGCCCAACACCCAGCGAGACAGCUGCCUCCCCAAACCUGUGGAGUUCUUGUCCUGGGAUGACACGCUGAGCAUCAUACUGACAGUGUUCUCCAUCUCUGGGGCCAUCAUAACUGUUAGUGUGACUGCUGUCUUCUUCAAACACAGAACGUCUCCCAUCGUCCGAGCGAACAACUCAGAGCUGAGCUUCCUGCUGCUCUUCUCAUUGACUCUGUGUUUCCUCUGCACACUUACUUUCAUUGGUCAGCCCUCUAAAUGGUCCUGUAUGCUGCGCCACACAGCGUUUGGGAUCACCUUCGUCCUCUGCAUCUCCUGUGUUCUGGGGAAAACAAUAGUGGUGUUAAUGGCCUUCAGAGCUACACUUCCAGGCAGUAAUGCCAUGAAAUGGUUUGGGCCUCCACAGCAGAGACUCAGUGUUCUCACCUUCACUCUCAUACAGGUUCUUAUUUGUGUUAUUUGGUUGACAAUAUCUCCUCCUCUCCCCUUCAAAAAUCUAAAUCACUACAAGGAAAGGAUAAUACUGGAAUGUGGAUUAGGUUCAGCUAUAGGUUUCUGGGCUGUGCUGGGUUAUAUAGGAUUUCUGGCUCUUUUGUGUUUUAUUUUGGCUUUUCUAGCACGGAAACUGCCUGAUAACUUUAAUGAGGCCAAGUUCAUCACAUUCAGCAUGCUGAUAUUCUGUGCAGUGUGGGUUACCUUUAUCCCAGCUUAUGUCAGCUCUCCUGGAAAGUUCACUGUAGCUGUAGAGAUAUUUGCCAUUCUGGCCUCAAGCUUUGGUUUGAUUAUUUGUAUUUUUGCACCUAAGUGUUUCAUAAUCAUGUUUAGGCCAGAGCAGAAUACCAAGAAACACCUUAUGGGUAAAGUUCCCUCCAAGUCUCUUUGA